AUGGAGUCGCCUAUUUUCGAGUCGGUGCGAUCGGAUGCGAGGUGUGAGUCGGGCUAUGUCUUUCUCACACCCGAUGGCCAUACACCCAUGAUCCUGGAUAAUCAGGGGGAGCUGGUCUGGACGGCCCGAAGCUCAGCACCGAUACAAAACUUUCGUGUACAAAAAUACCGGGGACAAGACUAUUUGACAUAUUGGUCUGGGAAGCCUUUUGGCCGAGGAUAUUAUUACAUGUUGGAUUCGAGCUACAAUGAACGCUACGUUGUCUCACCCGUCGGCGACAUCUACGGACACCCGCAUGAUUUCAUAAUAACAUCCCGUGGUACUGCCCUUAUUACAGCACACGACAAACGCCCCGCUGAUUUGUCCUCGGUCGGUGGCCCAAAAAAUGGCUGGAUUUUUGACGGCGUGUUCCAGGAAAUUAAUAUUGCCAGCGGGAACCUCGUCUUUGAGUGGCGAGCCUCGGAACAUGUACCCAUUGCACAUACCUAUAAAAGACUCGAAGCAAGUGAAGGGACUCUGCACCAUCCCUUCGAUUAUUUCCACAUUAACAACGUCGACCAAGAUACACUUGGCAACUAUAUUAUUUCCGCGGGCCAUACGCAAGCGGUUAGCUGCAUUGAAAAGGAAACUGGAAACGUAUUAUGGAACAUGGGCGGGAAAGCCAAUAGCUUCAAGGAUCCCGCCGAGCGACCUAUGGUCCAAUUCCAUUGGCCUCAUGAAGCGCGCUGGUAUGGGAACGACACUCUGACCGUAUUGGAGAGUGAUGGAGAGCACUAUCCAGGCAGCCCACCGACACAGAAUCGCGGAAUGUUGAUAAGUGUAGACGUCUCCCGAGGACUAGCUACUAAGCAGCAUAUAUACACCAACCCCAAAGGAACAGAGACCUGUUUCGAAGGGAAUAUGCAACUAUUAGAGGAUACCGGUAAUGCAUUUGUUGGAUGGGGAGGCCGUGCAGGAUACAGCGAAUUCAGCACUGAAGGGAAACUCCUCUGCGAUGUUCGCUUUGGGGAGUCGCGGUUUUUCAGGGAAAGGAGAGGCGGCCCAUCGCGUGUUUUCAAGGGCUCCUGGGUCGGCACCCCGUUGACGAAACCUGCGGCCCGAGUAGUUGGCCGCAGCAUCUUUGUAAACUGGAACGGCGCCACCGAAGUGGCGCAGUGGCAGCUGCAGGCUCAACUGCACUCCAGCGGCAUCAUCAAAAAUAACGAUCAAAGCGGGGAGGGAAUGCGAGAGGAAAUUUUCCACGGAAUUGCACGGUUCGAAAAGACCGGCUUUGAGACCACGAUCGCGACUCCAUUGUUAGAUCAAGACACGAAAUUCCGUCUUGUGGCCUUGGAUCGCAAAGGUGUUGAACUUGGGCACACGGAUAUUCUCGACUUGAGGGCAUCGUUGGUGACUACUUCUGGGCUCUCGCAUGCACAGCUUUAUGUACUCAUUGCGCUGUGCUCAGUUGGAGGCAUGAUGACGGUCCUUACCACUCUGCAUCUGAGGGCCAAUUAUCGGCGUCAGUCAAUGGCAGAAUUCGAAGAAAGGGACUUGAAGCCCUACACAGCAUGA